ACCUCACACAUCUACACAGCACCUUCUAGUCCAAGGUAUGUCCACCAACACAGAUCUACACAGCACAUCACACAUCUACACAGCACCUUCCAGUCCAAGGUAUGUCCAGCAUCACACAUCUACACAGCACCUUCCAGUCCAAGGUAUGUCCACCAUCACACAUCUACACAUCACCUUCCAGUUCAAGGUAUGUCCACCAUCACACAUCUACACAGCACCUUCCAGUCCAAGGUAUGUUCAGCAUCACACAUCUACACAGCACCUUCCAGUCCAAGGUAUGUCCACCAUCACACAUCUACACAGCACCUUCCAGUCCAAGGUAUGUACCUCACACAUCUACACAGCACCUUCCAGUCCAAGGUAUGUCCACCAUCACACAUCCACACAGCACCUCACACAUCUACACAGCACCUUCCAGUCCAAGGUAUGUCCACCAUCACACAUCCACACAGCACCUUCCAGUCCAAGGUAUGUCCACCAUCACACAUCUACACAGCACCUUCCAGUCCAAGGUAUGUCCACCAUCACACAUCCACACAGCACCUUCCAGUCCAAGGUAUGUCCACCAUCACACAUCCACACAGCACCUCACACAUCUACACAGCACCUUCCAGUCCAAGGCAUGUCCACCAUCACACAUCUACACAGCACCUUCCAGUCCAAGGUAUGUCCACCAUCACACAUCCACACAGCACCUCACACAUCUACACAGCACCUUCCAGUCCAAGGUAUGUCCACCAUCACACAUCCACACAGCACCUUCCAGUCCAAGGUAUGUCCACCAUCACACAUCCACACAGCACCUUCCAGUCCAAGUUAUGUCCACCAUCACACAUCCACACAGCACCUCACACAUCUACACAGCACCUUCCAGUCCAAGGUAUGUCCACCAUCACACAUCUACACAGCACAUCACACAUCUACACAGCACCUUCCAGUCCAAGGUAUGUCCACCAUCACACAUCUACACAGCACCUUCCAGUCCAAGGUAUGUCCACCAUCACACAUCUACACAGCACCUUCCAGUCCAAGGUAUGUCCACCAUCACACAUCUACACAGCACCUUCCAGUCCAAAGUAUGUCCACCAACACAGAUCUACACAGCACCUCACACAUCUACACAGCACCUUCCAGUCCAAGGUAUGUCCACCAUCACACAUCUACACAGCACCUUCCAGUCCAAGGUAUGUCCAGCAUCACACAUCUACACAGCACCUUCCAGUCCAAGGUAUGUCCACCAACACAGAUCUACACAGCACCUCACACAUCUACACAGCACCUUCCAGUCCAAGGUAUGUCCACCAUCACACAUCUACACAGCACCUUCCAGUCCAAGGUAUGUCCACCAUCACACAUCUACACAGCACCUUCCAGUCCAAGGUAUGUCCACCAACACAGAUCUACACAGCACCUCACACAUCUACACAGCACCUUCCAGUCCAAGGUAUGUCCAGCAUCACACAUCUACACAGCACCUUCCAGUCCAAGGUAUGUCCAGCAUCACACAUCUACACAGCACCUUCCAGUCCAAGGUAUGUCCACCAUCACAGAUCUACAGCUCCUCACACAUCUACACAGCACCUUCCAGUCCAAGGUAUGUCCACCAUCACACAUCUACACAGCAACUUCCAGUCCAAGGUAUGUCCACCAACACAGAUCUACACAGCACCUCACACAUCUACACAGCACCUUCCAGUCCAAGGUAUGUCCACCAUCACACAUCUACACAGCACCUUCCAGUCCAAGGUAUGUCCAGCAUCACACAUCUACACAGCACCUUCCAGUCCAAGGUAUGUCCACCAACACAGAUCUACACAGCACCUCACACAUCUACACAGCACCUUCCAGUCCAAGGUAUGUCCACCAACACAGAUCUACACAGCACCUCACACAUCUACACAGCACCUUCCAGUCCAAGGUAUGUCCACCAUCACACAUCUACACAGCACCUUUCAGUCCAAGGUAUGUCCACCAUCACACAUCUACACAGCACCUUCCAGUCCAAGGUAUGUCCACCAUCACACAUCUACACAGCACCUUCCAGUCCAAAGUAUGUACACCAUCACACAUCUACACAGCACGUCAUACCAAAAGACAUUAAGAGGUUAAAACAAGGACUGGUCGGC